AUGGCACCCGUCAUGUCCCUCCUCUCCUCCUCCCUCCCGCAAACACCGUCCCAAACCCUCGCAGCGCUCGCCGGCCUGGGCGCCUCCGCCUGGCUCCUCAAGCUCAUCGUCCGCCACAUCCUCCUCCGCUCCCCGGCGCGGCCCUCCUCCAAGUCUCCGUCCUCCGCCGGCCCCCACUUCGCCGCAAUGUCCCCCGACACCCAGCGCGCCCUCCAGGACCGCCCCGUCCUCAUCGUCGGCGGCGGCCUCGCCGGCCUCGUCGCCGCCUUCGAGCUCUCCGAGCGCGGCGUCCCCACCAUCAUCCUCGACCAGGAGAACGACGCCAACCUCGGCGGCCAGGCCUUCUGGUCCCUCGGCGGCAUCUUCUGCGUCGACUCCACCGAGCAGCGCCGCAUGGGCAUCAAGGACUCCCGCGAGCUCGCCAUGCGCGACUGGUUCGGCUCCGCCCAGUUCGACCGCGAGACCGAGGACACCUGGCCGCGCCGCUGGGCCGAGGCCUUCGUCAACUUCGCCGCCGACGAGAUGGAGGCCUACGUCAAGGCCCGCGGCAUGGGCUUCCUCUUCAACGUCGGCUGGGCCGAGCGCGGCUGCGGCCAGGCCGAGGGCCACGGCAACUCCGUCCCGCGCUUCCACGUCACAUGGGGCACCGGUCCGGAGGUCGUCCGCGUCUUCGCCGAGCCCGUGAAGCGCGCGGCCAAGGACGGCAUCAUGCAGUUCCGCUUCCGCCACCGCGUUGACGAGAUCAUCACCGACGAGGCCACCGGCCGCGCCAUCGGCGUCCGCGGCAAGGUCCUCGCGCCCGACAACUCCCCCCGCGGCGUCAAAUCCUCGCGCGAGGUCGUUGGCGACUUUGAGAUAUUUGGCUCCGCGGUCGCCGUCACCUCAGGCGGGAUUGGGGGCAACGUCGACGCCGUGAAAGCCGCGUGGCCCGUCGACCGGCUCGGGCCCAAGGUGCCGGAGACCUUCGUCGUCGGCGUGCCGGCGCACGUCGACGGGCGGAUGAUUGGCAUCGCGGAGCAGGUCGGCGCGAACGUGAUCAACCGCGACCGCAUGUGGCACUACACGGAGGGCCUGCAGAACUGGGACCCGAUCUGGCCGGCGCACGGGAUCCGCGUGCUGCCGGCGCCGAGCUCGCUGUGGCUCGACGCGACGGGCAAGCGGCUGCCACCCUUCCUCUUCCCGGGUACCGACACGCUCGCGACGCUGAAGCACAUCUGCGCGACGGGGUACGACUACAGCUGGUUCAUCCUGGACCAGAGCAUCAUCGCGCGCGAGUUUGCGCUGUCGGGCUCGGAGCAGAACCCAGACGUGACGGGGAAGAGCGUGUGGAAGCUGCUGACGCGGGUGUUUGGCAAGAAGGGCACGGUGCCGGUGCAGAACUUCCAGAAGCACGGCAAGGACUUUGUGGUGCGGGACAACCUGCCGGAGCUGGUGCAGGGCAUGAACGAGCUGCAGCGCGAGCGCGGCGGGCCGGUGCUGGACCUCGACGACAUCCGCGAGACGAUCGAGCUGCGCGACGGGCAGUUUGACAACGCGUACUCCAAGGACGCGCAGGCGAUGCUGAUCAACAACGGGAGGACAUACUGGGCGGACAAGAGGAGCCGCAUCGCGGUGCCGCACAAGCUGCUCGACAAGGCCCACGGCCCGCUCAUUGCGGUGCGGAUGAACCUGCUCACGCGCAAGACGCUGGGCGGCAUCGAGACGAACCUGGAGAGCAACGUCAUGAAGGCCAAUGGGGAGAAGUUCCCUGGCUUGUACGCGGCGGGUGAAGCUGCUGGGUUCGGCGGUGGUGGUGUGCAUGGGUACAACAGCUUGGAGGGAACCUUCUUGGGCGGCUGCAUCUUCUCGGGGAGGGCGGCUGGACGAGGGAUCGCGGAUGAGCUUCUUGGGCCUGCAGAGGCUAAAGGCGCACGGUCAAAGAUGUAG